AUGCGUCGCCAUGGUAGGUCGGGCGGGGGCCCGACUAAGGCCAUCACGCCCAUGUCUGAUAACCUGUCCCUCAUCCAUUCCUUCGAUUCGGUCAUGAACCCGAACCGACCCGUGCGCCCCUCGCCCUUGGCCUCCUCCCACAUUAAAGCGCUGCCGCUCGAACUCGUUGAUCGCCUGCGCUCAUUCCCCCUCUUUCAAGCUACACCCGAAUCCUUCUUAAUCGAAGUUGGCCAGCACCUGCGCCCGCAGCUCCAUGCCCCGAACGAUUAUAUUCUGACCGAAGGCGACGAUGCCAGAGCAAUCUACUGGUUGGUGCGCGGCGCUGUCUCCGUCACAUCGCGUGACGGGGAAAGUGUGUACGCUGAGUUGGAACCUGGUUCCUUCUUUGGAGAAAUUGGAGUGCUGAUGGAUCGGCCGCGCACCGCGACCAUUAUCGCCCGCACUCGAUGCAUGCUGGUCGUGCUCUCCAAGGAGGACUUUCGCAACAUUCUUCCGCGCUUUCCGGAUGUUGAACGCGCGAUCAUGGAAGAAGCCCAGGAGCGAUUGAUGAUUCUGGAGAAAAAGAAGAAAGAGACCUCGGCUCCUGUUGUGGACGACGAUCCCAUCCCCAGUCCAGUACGGCGGGGCUCAAAAAGGUUGCGGGAAAGUUUUUCCAAAGAUCUCAUUGUUGCGGAAGAUGAGGAUUUAAGUCUGAAGUCAGUCUACAAGAAACGGAAAUCACCGAGCCCAGGGCGACGAGAUGCAGCUAGUGCAUUGGCUAAUGGGCUGGUCAAUGUCCGCCUGCUGCUCAAAGAACUCCCACUUUUCUCCAAUUUACCGGCAGAUAUCCUUCAUUUUCUGGGCUUGAAUGCCCAGCCAGCCUCUUUCCACCCUUUUACCGACAUCAUCCAGCAGGACUCCCAGGGCCGCGAACUUUAUUUUAUUGUUCGAGGUGAAGUGGAGGUUGUGGCUGAAAAGCACGAAACACACAGCGAACACCAUGGCAAACCUAAUGGGGUUGACCACGGCGGUGUGGAAAUAAAAGCUAGACUCAAGCAGGGGCAGUACUUCGGAGAAGUGGUCAGUUUGGCACUAGCGCCGAGAAGGACAGCAACUGUCCGGUCUGUCACAUCGGUAGAAUGUCUCAUGCUGAGCGGGGAUGUGCUCUCCAAAUUCUGGGAGAUGUGCCCUCAAGAUGUCAGAGAGCAAGUGGAGCGCACCGCGCAAGAAAGGUUACAGGCGGCUUCCGAUGGCGAUGUAGUCAUGACGGAUGCCUCUGAAGAGCAAACAUCGAUCGACGAUCGUGUGAAGAUUACUUCAGCUCGGAGAAAGUCUAUGCCUCUAUUGACAUUGACUGAGACUGAGCUUGACGGCCCACACCAAUCCUUAUCUGGUGAGGAUCAGGAGCACCCUUUGGCACGGCCAUCCGACCCAGAUCCAUAUUUGAGCCUUGGGCUGGACAAGGUCCGACUUAGAAGCCGACGCGGUUCGGUGGCUCCUAUGACUCCGGAAGAAAUGACCGGUGAAUCCCAACGGCAAUCUCCCUCGGAACCUCGCUCUGCUACUUCAUCCACAUUUGCACUUCCUGAACCCCUCGAACUGUCUAGACCACAUCACCAUGCACGUCCCUCGACAAAUGCUCAACCCGGUGUCUUCGCGGAUAACAUCUUGCUCAACAUAUUCCGAUUUCUGGAAUUCCAUCACUUACUUCGACUCCGUGCAGUAUCGUCCCACUGGUGCGGUAUUCUAAACAAGUCAGCGGAUCUGGUCCAGGAUCUGGAUCUCAGUCUAUACAACCGUAAAGUCACCGAUGAUGCUCUGGUCAGGAUCAUCUGUCCAUUUGUCGGUAACCGGCCACGAUCUGUGAACAUCAACAAUUGUUUUCACAUCACCGACGAAGGGUUCAAUGCAUUAGUGAAUACCUGUGCACCCAACUCCACGACAUGGAAAAUGAAAAGUGUCUGGGAUGUAACGGCGUCGGCUAUUCUUGAAAUGUCGAGUAAAGCUACUAGCCUGCAAGAUGUGGAUUUAAGCAACUGUCGAAAGGUAGGGGACACUCUCAUGGCCCGAAUCCUUGGAUGGGUUAUCCCUGGAAAUCAAAAGCCCACAGAGGGCAAGAGUGCUUCUAUAAAGCCCACUUUACAGACAGCAGACAGCUUGGUCUAUGGCUGCCCGCAACUGAAAAAGCUCACGUUGUCGUACUGCAAACAUGUUACGGAUCGUUCAAUGCAUCAUAUUGCAUCGCACGCAGCGGGUCGAAUCGAAGAAAUGGACUUGACUCGUUGCACUACGAUCACCGAUCAGGGUUUCCAAUAUUGGGGAAACGCUCGGUUCACCAAUCUGCGGAAGCUCUGUUUGGCGGACUGCACUUAUCUGACUGACAAUGCCAUUGUGCAUCUGACCAACGCUGCUAAGCAGCUACAAGAAUUGGACUUGUCAUUCUGCUGUGCAUUAUCUGAUACAGCAACGGAGGUUCUUGCCCUCCAAUGCUCGCAGUUAAAGUCUCUGAACAUGUCAUUCUGUGGCUCUGCAAUCUCCGACCCCUCCCUCCACAGCAUUGGUCUCCAUCUCCUUUCACUUCAGCAUCUCUCCGUGCGCGGCUGCGUCCGUGUGACCGGGGUUGGUGUUGAAGCCGUGUCCGAAGGCUGUCACCAACUUGAUUCGUUCGAUGUCAGCCAAUGCAAGAACCUUCUUCCGUGGCUUGAGGAUGGCGGUGCGAUGCGUUAUCAACCACGUAUCGACUUCCAAAUCGUGGCUGCCAAUAUAAGGAAUUUCCGAUGA